UUAUAGGUUGGUACUAUUUGAACGUUUGUCAGUUUUAAUUUUGAAAGUAAACAACGAUUUAAAAUCCGCUACUUGAAUCUGGUAACGUAUGAUCGUCUUGCAUAUAUCUAACGUUAUCUAAAACGUUUUGAGAGUUCUGUGAUUUACGAGCUUUUUAUAAUAAUUAGUUGUGAUCAUUAAUAUCAUGGGUAAUUAUGCGAAUAAAUUAUUAUUUUACACUAAUGAAAGUGAAAAGGAAUGUAAUGAACAUCAAAUGGUUGUGCAGCAAGUAACUAUGGAAGAUAAUAACAUAUGUACACCAAUAUUAUCUGAAAAAAGAGUGCUGGGUGAUCCACGUUCAGUCUCAGCAGGAAUUAGAAGAACUCCUAUUGAAAUUAAAUAUACUUCAAGUGGGGAAAAUAAAAAGACACCAAGCGCCAUGUCAAAAUAUUUACAGAAAAAGCAGUAUCUUGAAACAGAUAUGUAUGUAGUGAUGCCACCACUAACACCUAAAAAACGUCAUAUAUCAAAAUCAAUGGACAGCGAUAAGCAGUCAGAUUUUAUUGAGGUGCAGGAUUUAACACCAAAUGUUAAUGUAGCAAAGAGUUCAAAAAUAAUUACGCCAAUAGAUAAAGAACGCUUUAUAAUUUUGGGAUUAGAUCCUAGAUCUCCAGCUGCAGAUUUUGACAGAACUCCUAUCUUAAUACCAAAAUCUCUUGCGUUGAUAAAAGCACGAUCGCAAGAAAAUUUGAGUCGUAAAGGUAGUUAUGAAAUGGAUAUUUAUAAUCCGAAAAAUUCUUGUCAGAAGAUCGAUACAGCGAUUAAUAUCCCGGAAACACGAUUAUUCGAUACAGCUUCGGAAAGUCUGAAAGCAUUAGAUACAGAGAAAAAGGAUGGACUAUCUAUCACAUCUCUGUACAAUUUUAAUUUAAAUAUCUCCAAAAGUGAAAAGGAAAUUACAGUUAUUAGGAAUCCAAAAUAUAUUAGUGAAGAGAAAAGAUCGUUAGUCUCGGACAAACAGAUAGUUGCUAUUGAUAAUGAAGAAGAUAAAAACGAGACAGAAAAACAGAAUGAUUGUGAAAAUAUUGAAUCUAAUACAAAGACAAGAGAUGACGAUAAAAUUAAAUUGUGGCACGAUUCACUAUCUUUGGAGAAAAGCGUAUCGGAUAAGAAGGAUGAGAAAGAAUUAUCGCGAAAAAAAGUUUCAAGAGAUGAUGUAAUUAUAACAUUUGAUAAAUAUACCACGAUUAGUACCUCUUUAAAGCCAAUGAAGACAGAUUUUCGAAAAAAGGAAGACACAAAAGGAAAAAAAAAGAACACUAAAGUAAAUAUUAAACUUAAUGAAGAAAAAUUGUUUUCUCUUGAGAACAAACAGGAAAUUGAAAUGUAUGAGAAUCGAAUACCUCUUGGCAAUCGAUCUAAUAACAAUCAAAUACAAAAAAAACCGCAACAAUUGUUGAGAAACAAGACUGCAUCUAUCGGAACACAGGAGAAUACGCCACCAUCUAAGGCUUAUAGUAGAAAGACUAGAAAUGGAACUCAAUGGGAUCCGAAUUCCACGGUCCUUAUUUGAUUAAAACGUUUAGAUUAGCUGAUUUAUUUAUCUUAUACUUAAGA